AUUUUUCUGAAAAAUCAAAUAAUUCAGAAGAUGUUAAUAUAGAUUUUUUAGAAGAAUUAAAUUAUAGUCAAGAGGAUAAUAAUAUCAAUUUUUCUGAAGAAUUUAUUAGUGAUAACUUAUAUUUAGAAUACUUUACAACAAUAUCUUCAGAGUCUUCAAAUAAUUUGACAAAUAGUCUUUUAAGAGAAAAUUCAGAUGAAUUAGAUAUAUUAGAUGAAUUAAAUGAAUCAGAUAAAUUAGAUGAAUUGAAUGAAUUGAGUAAAUCAGAUGAAUCAGAUGAAUUAGAUAAAUUAUUCAAUAAUAAAUUUUUUAAAAAAAUUGUUGACAAGGCCUUAAAUUUUGAAAAAUUACUACAAAAUACAAAUGAAUUUUCACCACAUUUUAAAAAUUUGACUGCAGUAUUAUUAUUUUAUUAA